AUGGCUCCUAGCUGGCUAUCAGGGGGGUGGCUGCCCGCCAUUGCCGGCGCCCUCAUCCUCCCAUGGGCGGGCAAUCUCGCGGCGGCUCAAAAGUCAGCCGGUGACUAUUUUGUCCACUCUCUUCCCGGGGCACCGGAGGAACCUGUGGUGAAGAUGCAUGCUGGGCACAUCGAAAUCACGCCCGAACACAACGGCAACAUGUUUUUCUGGCAUUUUCAGAACAAGCAUAUCGCAAAUAAGCAGCGAACAGUUAUCUGGCUCAAUGGGGGUCCAGGAUGCAGCUCCGAGGACGGCGCCUUGAUGGAGAUUGGGCCAUACCGAUUGAAGGAUGGCGAGAAUUUGGUCUAUAACGAUGGCGCCUGGAAUGAGUUUGCCAACGUUCUUUUCGUGGACAACCCCGUCGGUACUGGUUACAGCUACGUCGACACCAACGCUUUUGUACAUGAGCUCGAUGAGAUGGCCGGACAAUUUGUCACUUUCCUGGAGAAGUGGUAUGCUCUGUUCCCGGAGUAUGAGCAUGAUGAUAUCUACAUUGCCGGAGAAUCCUACGCCGGCCAGUACAUCCCCUACAUCGCUAAACACAUCUUGGCGCGCAACAAACUACCCGCCACCAGGCACAUUUGGAACCUGAAGGGUUUGCUUAUCGGCAAUGGGUGGAUCUCGCCGCCGGAUCAAUACGAGGCGUACCUCCAAUUUGCCUUUGAGAAAGGACUUGUACAGAAGGGGAGCGACAUUGCGAGCAAGCUCGAAGUUCAACUUCGGAUUUGCCAAAAGGAUCUCGCCACAGCCGACAGCGUCCUUGAUAACUCUCAGUGCGAAAAGGUUCUUCAGGACAUUCUCAGUUUUACCGUCACACCGGGCAAGGAUGGCCGUAAGGAGUGCUUCAAUAUGUACGAUGUGCGCCUAAAGGACGUUCACCCGUCCUGUGGCAUGAACUGGCCGCCGGACCUGACUAAUGUUGCCCCAUACCUCCGUCGCAAGGACGUUAUCGAUGCGCUUCAUGUAAACCCUAACAAGGUUACCGGCUGGGUUGAAUGCAAUGGCCAAGUUGGUUCCAACUUCCGGCCCAGCAAGUCGAAGCCGUCGUUUGACCUUCUCCCCGACAUCCUGAGCGAGAUUCCUAUUAUGCUUUUCUCGGGCGCCGAGGAUCUUAUUUGCAACCAUCUUGGCACCGAAUCUUUGAUCAGCCGGCUUAACUGGAACGGCGGUCGUGGCUUCGAGGUCUCUCCCGGCAACUGGGCUCCCCGACGUGACUGGACUUUCGAGGGCGAGGACGCCGGCUUUUGGCAGGAGGCGCGCAACCUCACAUAUGUCGUUUUCUACAACGCCUCGCAUAUGGUCCCCUUCGAUUACCCGCGCCGCACCCGGGAUAUGCUUGACCGAUUUAUGGGCGUUGAUAUCAGUUCUAUCGGCGGUGAACCUACCGACUCGCGCCUUGACGGCGAGAAAGGCCCGGAGACAACUGUGGGCGGCACGGCUGGGAACGGCACUGCCAACCAGGAAGCUGAGAAGGCCAAACUGGAUGCCGCUAAGUGGGAAGCCUACCGCCGAUCUGGGGAGAUUGUCCUCGUCAUUGUCGCCGUCGCUGCUGCUGCUUGGGGGUACUUCAUCUGGCGCGAGCGGCGCAAACGGCAUGGGUACCAGGGCCUGGCCGGUGGUGGCUCUGGUCCACCAUCAGACAAUCUGGGUAGCAGAUUCCGUAACACGCGCAGCGGCCGUGAUCGCAGCGGAGGAGACGUGGAGGCCGGUGAUUUCGACGAGACGCAGCUUGAUUCCCUGCAUGUUCGCUCGCCGGCGGAAGGGCAGGAGGACGCACGGUACAGCCUUGGUGAUGAGAGCGACGAUGAGGAGGUAGCGAAAAAUGGAACGCCUGCUGGGAAAGGGAAGGAAAAGGCAACGGGCAAGGCAGAUGGGAGUUCAUGA